AUGGCCGACGAGGAUCAUCCUUCCAAAGAGGGCAUACAGACCGGUCUCCCUCUGGACCCAUCGUCGUUCGAUGCUGAUCCCCGAAUCUCUUGGUCGAAACUCGACAACAAAUUCAUCCUCGAAACCGAAGAGGGCAACGAGUUCGAAUGGGACACCGCUCUGAAAAGAUGGAUUCCAGUGUUGGACCAGUCACUGUUGGACCAACAAGGCGAAAUCUACAAGGUUGCAGGUGUCGACGAGGAUGCGACAACAACAUCACAGAAGAAGAAACGGAAACAGCCAACUGGUGAAGAGUCCGGCACCAAGUCCAAGAAACCUCGAGUCAACACCGCUGUUUAUGUGACCUCAAUACCCCUUGAUGCCGACCAGGAAGAAAUUCAGCAUGUCUUUUCCAAGUGUGGUGUCAUCGCAGAAGAGAUCGACUCCGGCAAGCCGCGAAUCAAAAUGUACGAGGAUGACAAGGGACAAUUCAAGGGCGACGCGCUUGUGGUUUACUUCAGACCCGAAUCAGUUAACCUCGCUGUUCAAAUGCUUGACGACACAGAUUUUCGGUUGGGAACAGAAGGCCCAAUGGGCAGGAUGAGAGUUCAGGCAGCAGAUUUCUCAUACAAGAGCCAACAAGAUGUUCCGACGAAAACAAGCAAGAGGGAACAGAAAAAGGUUAUCCAGAGAACACAGAAGAUGAAGGCCAAGCUUAUGGACUGGGACGACGACGACCCGCAAGUCCUGCAGGAGACAAGCUCCAGGUGGGAUAAGGUCGUCAUCCUGAAGCAUAUGUUCACACUUCAAGAGCUGGAGGAGGAUCCUGCGGCGAUGCUCGAAAUCAAAGAAGACAUCCGCGAAGAAUGUGCGAAGCUUGGAGAAGUCACAAACGUUGUCCUCUUCGACAAGGAAGCAGAAGGCGUCGCAAGUGUGCGCUUCUCUAAUGCACAGGCUGCAGCUGCCUGUGUCCAACUGAUGAAUGGACGAUGGUUCGAUGAAAGACAAUUGGAGGCGUACAUUGCAACCGGUCAUGAGAAGUUCAAGAAAUCGAGCGACAAAAAGGUGGGCUUUGACGACGAUGAUGACGGGGAAGGGGCAGAAGAAGGCGGUAGGCUGGACAAGUUUGGCUCGUGGUUGGAACAAGAAAAAUGA